AUGACAAACAUUGAGUUUGAAACAGUUAGAAAGAUUGACAAUGACACCAAAGUGGUUAGAAUUGGUGAUUUAAACGUAAGAUACUGUAAGAAAUACAACAAAUAUUCUUUGUCAGACAUUAUAUCUCCAUCUGGAAAGAAAACAAAGGACUGGGUUAGAAUUGCUUCUACUCAGAAAAUUUUGGCAAGAAAUCCCGAGCUUAUGAUAUCAGUAAGAUUCUAUGGAACUAUAGCAUAUCUCAUUGACAAAAGUCUUAUACCAAUAGUUUUGUUAUGGAUUGACCCUGUUGUUGGAUAUAACUUCAUAACUUAUGGCUCAUUCGAUAUGGAACGUUGCAGUGAAGGCUUACUUUACAUCGUUCAGAAACCGAAGGACUUCAAUACAAAGAGAUAUAAGAUAGGAAGAACAUAUAAUAUAACUCAAAGAUAUGACUCUACAGUCAAUAGAGUCAAGGUUGUGUUCGUUAAUGAUAUAUGA